CGACGGCCGGGGCUACAAAUAAGCGGCCUCGAGCUGUAAUAUCACCUAGUCUUCACUCCUCUCUUCUCUUCUCUGCUCGUGUUUAAUACUCACACUCUCAGCAUGGUUGCCCUCCCCGACGAUUCCACCGCAACAGGCCCAGGCAUCGAAGCCGACCAACGCAGCGGCCAAGCCGAUCCCGACGGCAAAUUCCGUCGCCAGGCGUCCGCCUUCCGCGACGUGAUCGCGCCCGGCCACGAACGUUUCCCGCCCGAAAAGGGCCGCUACGUGCUCUACGUCUGCGCGACGUGUCCGUGGGCGCACCGCGCGCUGAUAAUGGUGAAGCUGAAGGGUCUUGAGGAGUUUGUCGAUGUGGUGUGGUUGCAUUGGGAGCUUGGAGAGAAGGGCUGGUAUUUCAAGGAGGUUGAUAAUUCGCCUGCUAAAGAUCCUUAUUACGGAUUUACGUAUUUGCGGGAGUUUUACUUUAGAGCAAACCCGGAUUACGACAAGCGAUUCACGGUUCCCAUGCUCUGGGAUCGCAAACUCGAGACCAUCGUCAACAACGAAUCGAGCGAAAUCAUCCGCAUUCUCAACACUGCAUUUAACGAACUUUUGCCGGCGGACAAAGCUGCAAUUGACGUGUACCCCGAAGAUCUGCGACCCGAAAUCGACGAGAUCAACGAGUGGGUUUACAACACCGUCAACAAUGGAGUCUACAAGACCGGAUUCGCGCAGACGCAGGAGGCCUACGACGAAAACGUCUACCCGCUCUUCGCCUCGCUCGAGCGCCUCGAAACAAUCCUGUCCGACGGCCGCGAAUUCCUCCUCGGCUCGCGCCUGACCGAAGCCGACAUCAGGUUGUACGUGACCAUCAUCCGCUUCGACGCCGCGUACUUCACCCUCUUCCGCUGCAACAUCAAGAUGAUCCGGUACGAGUUCCCGCACUUGCAGAACUGGCUCAUGCAUCUGUACUAUGACUUCCCGACCGUGUUCAAGGAGACGACGUUUUUGGAACAGUUGAAGAAGGGGUAUUCCGGCGUGCAGAAGAUCGAGCUGGUUCCGGCGGGUCCUGUGCCUUUGAUGAUGCCGAGGGAGUGAUUGUCUUGAAUAAUAGUGAAUCCAAUACGUAAGAUUAGCAUACACCACCACCAAAUAACCACUCUCAAACGCACCAAUCUAAAACUAUUAUAUUUCAAACCGAUAAUAAACAAAUAACAACUUCUCCACUCAAA